CUCAAAUCUUUCACUUUUGGAAAAGGACAACGGGUGUCAGCUCCCUGGGCCCGCCGGUCGGGGUUCGGCAUGGUCCAGUCUGCAGACCUCGUCCCGGCCCGUGAUCGAGGCUGGGGGGCGGGAGGAUGGGGUCGUGUCGCGAGCACCGCCCGACAGGGAAUCCCAGGAUGAAGCGUUGGCGCGCGACCAGCUGUCGCCCCGCCCCACGCCCGCCCCCAUUGGUCAGUCUCGCUGUGACGCCAAUUGUUGCCAGGCCCAGAGGCGGGGGCGGGGCGGGGGCAGGCGCGGGCGCGGGCGCGGCUGAUGAAACUGCGCGCCUAAUCGCAACCGCCCGCCAAGCUCCAUUCAGUCCACGCGGGCAGGUGUGAGCGGGCGUUCGCUGGCGGGCGGGCGCUUCCACCGGCAUCAGCUAACGGCAGCUCCACUCCGGCUCUCUUUGCGUGUCCGUCCAUCCAGCCGUGGUCCUGCCUACAUCCCGCCGCACGCCGGUUCGGCAUUGCGAUGAGCAGCGUUGCAUGUGUGAAACUUUGCAGUUGGGCCUGUGAAUAAUCACGCUGCUUAUAACACUUGUCACCUUGGCAGAGAGGGAAAAUCCAUCAGCUAAGGGAACGUGGCUUGAUUGCUCAGCAAAGCAGCCAGGAACCCCCACCCGGCAUUCCUGUCUCUUCAAACUUGGCAUCGUUUCCAUGUCACACGCAGAGUGAAUGAACCUCAAGCAAACUCCCUUCAGCACUGAGAACCCAGAGUUGGGCCGUCCCCAGAUCUGUGAUGUUGGGGAGGAUGGCCUUCGCUGGCCUGUCCCAGUGCACAGCAAAGGGUUCUGUGGCCUUCGGAGGAGUAUUUGGCAUCUCAGAGGAAGGAUGAAUCAUCAAAUUGAGCCUGAAGCCCCCGUCUCAUCCCUCCUGAGACAUCUUUGCUCCAAGACCCAGGCGAUCAUUGGGUGACGAGGCCGCGCAUCAUAUUCCAGACUCGACGGCACAAUGGGCUGCCAGGCGCUGCUCCACGUUGGCCAGCAGAUGCUCAGGCGGAAGGUGGUAGACUGCAACCGGGAGGACAGCCGGCUGUCCCGCUGCCUGAACACCUUUGACUUGGUGGCGCUGGGCGUGGGCAGCACGCUGGGUGCCGGCGUGUACGUCCUGGCCGGAGCUGUGGCGCGUGAGAACGCAGGCCCUGCCAUUGUCAUCUCCUUCCUGAUCGCCGCGCUGGCCUCAGUGCUGGCUGGCCUUUGCUAUGGCGAGUUUGGUGCGCGCGUCCCCAAGACCGGCUCGGCCUACCUGUACAGCUACGUCACAGUAGGGGAGCUCUGGGCUUUUAUCACCGGGUGGAACCUCAUCCUGUCCUACAUCAUCGGUACUUCAAGUGUGGCGAGAGCCUGGAGUGCAACGUUUGACGAGCUGAUUGGCAAACCCAUUGGGGAGUUCUCGCGGACACACAUGGCUCUGCAUGCCCCUGGAGUACUGGCCGAAAACCCAGACAUCUUUGCUGUGAUUAUAAUUCUCAUCCUAACAGGACUUUUAACUCUUGGUGUGAAAGAGUCAGCCAUGGUCAACAAAAUAUUCACUUGUGUCAACGUUCUAGUCCUGGGCUUCAUCAUGGUGUCAGGAUUUGUGAAAGGAUCGAUUAAAAACUGGCAGCUCACGGAGGAGGAUUUCCAGAACGCCACCGGUAGCCUCUGCUUGAACAAUGGCACAAAUGAAGGGAAGCCCGGAGUCGGUGGGUUCAUGCCUUUCGGGUUCUCCGGUGUCCUGUCAGGAGCGGCCACUUGCUUCUAUGCCUUCGUGGGCUUUGACUGCAUCGCCACCACAGGUGAGGAAGUCAAGAACCCUCAGAAGGCAAUCCCCGUGGGCAUUGUCGCCUCCCUCCUGAUUUGCUUCGUUGCCUACUUCGGAGUAUCCGCCGCCCUCACGCUCAUGAUGCCAUACUUCUGCCUGGACAAGGCCAGCCCUCUGCCAGAUGCCUUCAAGCAUGUGGGCUGGGAAGGUGCCAAGUAUGCUGUGGCCGUGGGCUCCCUCUGCGCGCUUUCUACCAGCCUCCUGGGCUCCAUGUUCCCCAUGCCUCGCGUUAUAUAUGCCAUGGCUGAAGACGGGUUGCUAUUUAAGUUUUUGGCCAGAAUCAACAACAGGACCAAAACACCCAUCAUCGCCACGCUAACCUCAGGUGCCAUCGCUGCUGUGAUGGCCUUCCUGUUUGACCUGAAGGACUUGGUGGACCUCAUGUCCAUUGGCACUCUCCUGGCUUACUCUCUGGUGGCUGCCUGUGUGUUGGUCUUACGGUAUCAGCCAGAGCAACCUAACAUGGUAUACCAGAUGGCCAGAACCACCGACGAGCUGGACCAAGUAGACCAGAAUGAAUUGGUGAGCACCAGCGAUUCCCAGACAGGCUUUUUACCAGAAGCACAGAGGUUUUCUUUGAAAACUCUACUCUCACCCAAAAACACGGAUCCCUCCAAAUUCUCUGGGCUAAUUGUGAACAUUUCAACCAGCCUCAUAGCAAUUCUUAUCAUCAUCUUCUGUAUCAUGGCUGUGCUUGGAAAGGAGGCCCUGAUAAAGGAGGAGUUGUGGGCAGUCUUUGUACUCAUUGGCUCUGCCAUCCUCUGCUCAGUGGUCACGAUCAUCAUCUGGAGACAGCCUGAGAGCAAGACCAAGCUCUCGUUUAAGGUGCCCUUCCUGCCGGUCCUCCCUGUCCUCAGCAUCUUCGUGAACGUCUAUCUCAUGAUGCAGCUGGACCAAGGCACAUGGGUCCGGUUUGCGGUGUGGAUGCUGAUAGGCUUCCUCAUCUACUUCGGCUACGGUGUGUGGCACAGUGAGGAGGCGUCCCUGGCUGCUGGCCAAGCGAGGACUCCUGACAGCAAUUUGGACCAGUGCAAGUGACGUACAGGUCCAUCCCCCAGAGGUGACAGCAGCCCUGAGGGACGCCCACGGACGACCCGGAAGCAUCUGGCUCUCCCCAGCAAUGCAACAGGACCCACCUGCACCCACAAGGCCCCCAUGCAGCAGAAGGCUCACUGCUCAAGCUGCGUCCUGAGCCCACCGCUCGUGGGGCUCGCCCCAUCUUACUCACGGUGGCUCACCAGGCCCCGUCACCUCUGACGGCUCCCUCGCUGGGGCCGCUCGGCUGUGGCUGACCACUGUCUCCUGACCUCCCUCUGAACAAAAGAAAGCAGCUCCUCUCCUCAUCUGCUGUUGUGGCCCUCAGCAGAAUGAGGUCACCUCCUUAUUAAGUGGGAAGCCAGGCCUCGUCCCCAGGCACCGUUCUGGUAUUGAAAACGCACAGACUCCAAACUCUUAGUACCCAUCUCACUGCUCAGCCCCAAACAGCAAGCCAUAGAUGCAAGACAAGUACCACAAAAUAGUAUGUCCCCACAGUUCCACUGCAGAGCCAAAGGCCAGUGGUCUGCUCUAGAGGAAAAGCAAGGCUGGUUUCCUUCUGCCUCUGCCCUCUGCGUUGCUUCCAGAAGGGGUCUUAGAACUGUGACCCCUUCUCCACUUGGUCUCCAGGCAGGAGCUCCGCUCUGCUGCCUUGACAGACCCCAGCCCACUCCGCUGCAGGACUGAGGGCAGACGGGGAAGGGACCGCCACUAUGGGAACAAGGCGGGGCCGGAGAGGGCUGGCCUCGCUCCAGUUGUGUGCACACAGGGCACCUCCCUCAGCCACAUUCCCUCCAAGUCCGGCUGGUUCCUGCUGCUUCUGGCAUCUCACCCCUGGCUGUGUGUCCUGAGUAACUGGAACAUGACGUUGUAUUUAAGGAGGACCGGCCUCAGAUGAGCAGAGCUCAGAACACCAUUUUCCAUGGCUGUCUGCCAUUCACCAAGUCCUGCGGUCAGUGUCUAGGGUCUUGUAAGGUCCCCAGGACAGGUGUGCACUCAUUCUGAGGUGAUGGCGACCAGUCCUCUGAGCCCCUCGUGGCCCUGACACGAUCUCUGUGGCCCCUCUCUUACGCGGAAGCAAACUGAGUCCUGUGAGUUGCUGUGAGUCACUCCACCACAUUAAGUUGGCACUUAGCUUUAACUUGGAAAAUGGCCAGAUAGUUACUCCAUGCCAUGAGCCUGCUGUCCAGCGUGUGGGGUCCACACGUGAGACAACUCGUCUUGCUGUCAUCUGAAUGCCGUGGGCUUGUAACCCUGCCCCGACCCCCUGCCUGUAGGUCUGCACACACAGCCCACUGCCCUCUGGCGCUCACACGUCUGCACAGGUGGGAGCCAGAGGAAACGGGAAUGCUGGCCGUGCCUUCCUCCAGUUAGACUGUAAUUCAGGAGGCAGAAGGGCCCACGUUGACAGGAGCUGAGGGGGCAGGUGUUUUAGACACCACGGAAAAUGUACAUGCUGCUUUCAAAUUUAGUUUCCCAUUUAUUUCCCUCCUCCUCCCAGCCUUUGGCACAAAUCUGGUAGAAAGAAGUCUGAUAAAUUGACAGCGCUUGUCUUUUCUCCCUCUGCCCCUGGAGGUUCUUAGAGAAAAACGCAUAAAUUAGUGAAACGGGCUUCUCUGGCAGGUGGGUGGGCAGCCCUGGGGCCGGACCACCCUUCAGGAUCCUAAGAGCCCAAAGUCUGGAUUUCCAAAGAAGGGUAUUUAAAUUUAUAUAGAUUGGUGCUGUAAAAUAUUUUGAUAGAUAUUAACUUAUUUUGUUUGGGUUGUGUGCUGUCUUGGUGCCUGUUAGUUAUUUGUCUGCUUGAUCUGCCUGAUAUUGUUCCACAUAAAGAGAAUUUUGAGGGAGAGUGUGUCUAAGAAAGUUGGAGAGGAGAGAGAUUUUUUUUUUUUACUUUAAUUUCUCUUUCUGGCUGAAAUUUCUGUGCAAGACAGCACCCAACAGACUGGUUACAACUGACAUUUCAGCUGGCAACAUCCAUCCUUCUACAAAGUGAAAAGGUGUUUCCCCUACACUGUGUCACGAAUGAGAACCUUCCGGGCGUCUCCUUCCUCAGCCCAGAGCAGGAAGGUGCUCAGUGCUAAGGAAAAGCCGGGCAGCCUCCCGGCACAGCAGGAACGCCCCCCAUAUGGGAAGGGACCCCAGGGAGACAGAGACAGACAGGUCUCAUGGUCCCUGCGGUCCUGUUGAGAGUAGUUUGCUCUUUUCUGUAUGAGGACAGUCAUGGAAGGAUGGUGUUGAGGCUAAGCCUCUCGAUGUGAGUUGACUCUUAUACACCCCCUAUUCCUGCACCAGAAACACACACACACACACACACACACACGCAGAAAGAAAACGCACCCAAACGGUUUCAGACAGUUUCCCAUCUCCCCACACCCGCAACAAGAAUAGAAUUCUGUUUCACAGCCCAGCCAGUAUUUUCCUACAUAGUCAGAAAUUCCAGACCUCCAGAGACACACCCUUUGGAAAUAUUGUGUCUAUGCUUAUCUUACAUUGGAAAGACCCGUUUGUGAUAAGGAGCACCCUUUCCUGCCUCCGUAGGCCCCGCCCCAGACAAACCAGAGCCCCAGGACCUCUGCUGAAGGGGGAGGCUGAAAGGAGUCUGCAGGGAAGCAGCCGGGCCCCUGCGGGCCUGUGAGACAAGAGCCGCUUCCAAGAGGGGGGCCCUCGGCCUCUGCACAGCCCCCACUCCACUCAAUCACACACCCUCAGCCCAACUUUGGGCUGGAUUUGUUUUAACAAACUAAGUGAGUCUGAACAAACCCAGGCUGUUUGGGAAAGACUGCUAAAUGUAUGCUGUUAUCAGAAGUCCCCACAUCUUCCCGCCUUCGGUUUGUCCCACUGAGUGUAUCAGGCAGUCAGCCUCCUGGUCCCAUGUGCUGACUUGUGGUUUGGGCACCGCAGGCCUCCCCCCUGCCGUGUGCCCACCCCCAGCUCCCAAGGCACUGAUACUGCCUUCUGCGCCUGUGGCACAGCCUGUGCUCCACCUGGGGGAGGUGCCAGGCCCAGCCAGAACCCUUAGCCACUGCAUUUGCUGUGCUUCAUGUGCAUGGGGGCGGGGAGACUGGCGGGAACAUGGGUUCUACCAGGUCUCCUCCCCUCCACCCCUGCCACUAAGCAGGCAUUCUGAAUUGACUGGGUUUUGCUGUCCCAAAUAGGAUGGCCUGUAGCCUAACAUUGGAGACAGAGCUCAGGACACGGUGGGAGGCUGGGUUCCUUGAGUGAGUGGAUGUGCCUCAGAAAGAUCCCGCCCAGAGGGUAGGUGAGCUCACGGGUAUUUUGGGGGCCUCUGCCUGGCUCUGCCAGGACCAAUCUUAUGAUUUCAAAGUCCCACUAUUACGCAUAUAACAAGAGCUGUCUGCAUGAAGACAGACCCCAUGACCAGUGUGUUCCAGGAUGGAUGGAGAGGCGUGUUUGUGGGCACGUCCACGCUCUGGGGCGUAGGUGUGUGACGUGUGAAGUGUUCGACUUCACCUCCGAUGGAGCUAAGUGUGUGUUAUGUAUAAUUGUUAUGUAUAAUUUAAAAUAUGUUUGCCAUCGUAAUGAGAGUAUUGUAUGUAAGGCUCCUUAGAGGGAGCGAGAUGUACAUUUGGCCAGGCUCGCUUGGACGUUUUUGGUAAUGAAAUGCUGUAUUGAUUCAGUGGUGCAAGAAGCUACACUCUGUUUCAUCAUCGUAGUUAUGAUGGCCGAUGGAUUUUUAAAGAAAAGAGAAAAUAUCAGCUGACUUGCAUCUUCAUCUCCAUAAUCCAGAGUCUUUUUGUGUCCAUUGCUUCGUUGAGUGGUAGCGCUCUCUUUCAUGGGGGACCUGGACUGGCCAACGGUCUCGGGGCGUGGCUGUCAAGGAGCCGCCCUGGAGCGUCUGUGAAGCUAAGCUGCUGGCUGGGAGACCACAUGAGAAGGAGGCCUUGGCUGUGAAGUCCACCUCGAUUUUCUCAGGGUGUGAGCGCGUCCAGCAGGGUCAGGAAGCAGGGCUGGGAAGAUGCACUUGGACUUUGUUAAUUUAUUAACAAUAUGAUUGUGUGUUUCUUGAUGACAAACUUUUAAUUUUGGCACUUAUUUUCUCAUUUGAGAAGUUAUAAUAUAUAUUUAAGGUAAGUUUCCUGCUUAAGUUGUGCCUUUCAGCGUCCAUGGGUGUGAGGAGCACAAAGGGUGAUGACCCAAGAAGGGUCGGUUUAUUAUCAAACCUGAAUAGCUGUGGUUUCUCCAGCAGACUUUUUUUUCUACUGAACUUGGAGCCAUUAUUAAAUGAAUUGUGUUUUUAUUAUGUAAAUUAUGAAAUAUUUUUUGCUUGUUUGAUGCUCUAUUUUUCUAAUAGUUUUCUUAUAGUUGCUUAUAAUUGUGAUACUAGAUUUUAGAUUUUGACGCUAACUGCAAAUUAGGUUGGUCUGUGCUGGUCCCUCCUGUUUUUAUUUUAAGAGCAAGCAUCGUUACCCAUCGCCUUUGAAAAAUGUGAAACUCCGCUCUAUCCCAUUUUUGCUGACAACAUUGUACGUCGACAACCCUAUCAUGUUUUAUGUUAUAAAAUCCGACUGUUUUGUGGUACACUAGCUCAUGCUUGUGCAAAGUCUAAUAAAUUCUGCCGAUGGCUUCAGUGG